AUGGGCAAAAAUGCAAUUGAUUUCAAACGAGAACAUUCAAUCGUGUCAUCAUCUGUGGGACAAACGUCAUCUGAUGUGGUGACUCGUAAGAAGCCAAAGCCAAUUAAAUGUAUGAAUAUAUUCAAGCUUGCACUUGCUGCAUUGCCAACUAUUGUUUUUGGAGUGUUUACGAUUGUCUUCACGUUACAACAAGGUGCUGCGGCUAGGGCGACACGCGAACAAGACCAACGACAAGCCGACGUAACUAAUCGAAGGAUUCUCUUCAAAGAGUAUAUGGAUGAUAUGAGAGAUCUUCUUUUAGAUGAAAAUUUCGAACAAAAUAUCAACAAGUCUCUAUUACAGAUUCGAGUACAAACAUUGACCGUUUUGAUGUAUCUUGAUCCGGCUCGUAAACGGGAUGUUUUUAUUUUUCUGUAUGAAAGCCGUUUAAUUCGACACGAUCACACACCAAAUAUUGAUAUACGUGGGGCAGGUUUUAGUGGAAUGAAACUCAUACAAACAUCAACACAGUCAUGCGAAUUUCCCUUUCUUCAUUUACCCGGAGUGUACCUCGAAAAUACCACAUUCGAUGGUUGUACUCUCAUAGACGCCGUAUUUGAGAAUUCAUCGAUGGCUGGCUCUAAAUUUAUUUUGAGUGAUCUAUUACGUGCUAAUUUUCAAAAUACCAAUGUUACUAAAGCUCAAUUUCACGACGAUCAGCUUUAUCAAACGAAGUUUACCGGUGCCUAUCUUGUUCAAUCAAUCAUUCAUGGUGGCGUUGUUCAAAAUAUGGAUUUAACUAAUGUAGAUCUAUAUCAAUGUAUCAUUGGAGAUGAAUUAUUGAAUCCAAUAGUGUAUCUCGGCUUUAAGCCAAAUAUUUUGAUGAAUACUCGUUUACAGAAUGGCUCGUUCAGUAAUAUCAAUUCGCAAAAUUUGAUUUUGAGUGAUCAAGCUGAGACGGAAUGCCAUCUCAAUUUCACGUCACAUUGGAGAGAUGUAAAGAACAAUGACCCAAUGAAAAUUAUUCAUUUUCAAGCAAAUGUACCAGCGAACGUGUCUCAAGUCGGAGACGACUGUUUCUUUAUAAUUGAUAAAGAUCUGACCAGUUACCAACACAUAUCUGUUCAAAACUUCUCUCAUAUGAUUGAUCUUAAAUUAGCCAUGUUCAAUUUAUCAGCAUGGUUUGGAUUGAAAAAUCCAAAUGACAUGGAUUCCUUAUUGGUGACUAUACAUUUUUCACCGAACAGAAAUUCAAUUGAUGUUGCAAGUUCAAUAUUUAUGGUUAUAAAGAAUUUGACAUCGUUCCAGCGACUUUCUCUUGUCAAUAUCAUUCCGGAGAAGACAAAAUUUAUAGUGCUAUUGCUGGCGUGUAUUGUGUCUAGUAGUAACGAUCAAUUUUGUCUAUUCGAUCAAGUGAAAUUAUCAAUUUAA